GCUAAAGACGCGAAAGUUUCACCUACAGCUGCCACCCAAACAUUUACGAUUGUAUUCAAAACAAAAUACUGUAACACUGCUCCUGAGACGCAUAUCUAGCUAGCGUCAACAGUGAAUAAAAUUUUAUAAAAGGCUUGAGCGGAAACAAGUCUAACAGGGUCAGGCCAUCAGAAGACGACGGCUAGAGUGUCGAACACGACUUAUUCUGCAUUAAUUUCUGCCAAUGGGUCAUGUCUCAAAACGCCUUUAUUCCUCUGCUUCAAAGCUAGCUGUUUCCACUUCACAACUGAAGCAGUUUCCGCCAAAAGAGGCCAUCCUUAGACCAGACUCUGGCAAACCGAAUUUCUUUGACCCGGAGUCAUGGGCAACUCUCCAACCCCCACCUACGUCCGCUCUCACCGCAUUCGCCCACAGAAUAGGUCUUGCAAACGUGCUGUCAUCGGCGGAUGUAGUUCGACGCGCUUGCACACACAAGUCGUUCGUCAAUCUUCAUGCUAAAUAUUACCCUUCGAGCCCUGCGCCCCCAACAAAUGCAAAUCUUGCGAUGCUAGGAAACGCGUUGAUGGGACUAUUUGCCUCUGAACAUCUUCAUGCUGCAUACCCGCAUUUGCCGACUCGCGUUUUAAAGGCUGCAGUCAGCGCUCAUGUUGGUCCGUUGACAUGCGCGAGUGUCGCUCAGGAAAUGGGUGCAGUACCCCUACUACGGUGGCAUAGACAGCCUACGACACCAAUGUCUCCAGCGCUGCUGCACUCAGAUGCAUUGGCAUCAAUACCGAGGGCAAUAACUGCCCUCGUUUACCAAGAAAUGUCACUCCAAUCUGCACGGAAAUUUGUCCAGUCGUUUUUCCUAAGUAGGCAGGUUGACCUGCGGAGCAUGAUCAAAUUCCGUGAUCCAAAACGAGCCCUUAUAGAAACUGUGGAAAAAUUCGGUCAUGAACGUCCAAAAUCUAGAUUACUCAAGGAGACUGGUCGUUAUUCGAAUUCGCCCGUAUUCGUAGUGGGUAUUUUUUCUGGACAGGACAAGCUUGGCGAGGGUUUCGGUAGUUCGUUGAAGAUGGCAGAAUACCGGGCGGCUGAAGACUCGCUACACCGGCUAUACCUUACUCGGACGCCAGACCACCUUCUCCAAGUCCCCUCAUCGACAUUCCCUUCCAAGCAGGGCAAUAUCUACAAGACUGGAUUGGAGGCACCAUACACCCCCGGAGUGCUCGGUGAGGCUGAAAUUCUGUAUGCGAGCUCAGGGCGCAGCAAUAUCGUUGCCCCCAAGCGACCGACACUAGAGGAGAUAGAGGCGAAACGGGAGGGUCUGGAUGUAUAGUACACAAUCUUGCUUAAUCUGCACAGUUUACUCGUGAGGUCUUAAGAGCGAUCCGAAGACCCCAUAUAAGAAGGAACGAUUGUAUUCCUUCUAUAGGACUGGCCAGCAAAGACCAACAGGUCAACACUCAUCCUGCAUAUCCCAGUGCACUUGACCUACACGGCCUAUUUGACUGUGUCAAAAUUCUACUUGCAUCGUUCAAGAUGCUUCCAUGUUAAGGAAUGCGGCAGCCCUUGCUCAGAAGCAGCAGGGCGCCCCCUCAUCCGGACAGAUCGUGAGAUCCACGUCUAUGUCCAUGCUUAGGGACUCCGCGAGAGCACACGUCCCAUUGAGUCAGAGUGUCAUCCCUCUGUUCUCUCCACACAUUUAUGCAGUUAUGUGAUAAUACCUGUUUUUCUAGAUGUAUUCCCCUCGCCAUAGAAUGCGCUGUCC